AUGUUUGUUCUACACAAGGUCAUUGGAUUGUCUAGUAUUCUAUGCACGACGGUCUCUAGCCAAUAUAUCUCCCUCAACUCUGGUGAUUUGAACGCCAGACUGAAUUCAUCGAGUCAAACACUCGCAUCUUUGAUCCCAAAGUCUUUGACAACAUUCGAUUUCUCCCCUUUUGAUGUUCUCUCACAAAGAAACGAAAAUGGCAAUUAUCACGUUGGCGAUAUUACACUCAGGUAUCGACCUGUUGGAUCUACUGCAUGGAUCAGUGUGGAUUCCGCUGCAGCUAGAAAUGCCGUGACUUCCACUGGUGCCACUUCCGCAAACCUCGCACCAACCCUACCAUCAGGAAUUCCUUUGAACAUCACGAGAGCUUGGUCCGCUAGCGGAGCAGAUAUUAAUCUCAACUUCACAAUAACCAAUAACGGUAAUACCAGUAUUGAAAUCGGAGCUCUUGGAUUUCCUAUCGAGUUCAAUAGCAUCUUCACAAAUAGAACAGCUGUAGAUACUCAGCAAGUGUGCUCCCUCGUGGAUCCAAACAUUGGCCUUGACGGUGGCUAUCUACGCGUGACUCCAUUAUCUGGAACGGGUCCAGCGCUUGUAGUGACACCAUUAGGAGAAACACCCCUCGAAGGAUGGCGAUAUUUGGAAGAAGACUACGACACCGCACUUUCCUAUCAAAGCCAAACAUUUGAAGGGUUCUAUUCUUGGGAAACUUAUACUCUGGCAUAUACUCAGAAUGAAUGGAAUGGAACGAGCCCUUGGAACCCCGGUACGUCUGUAGUGCUCGCGAAAGGGCAAUCGAUUACCAAGGGAUUGAGGUUUUCUAGUUCAAGUAGUAUCAGCAAUAUCGAAACCACUGUAGCAAACACCGGAACUCCUGUUGCUAUUGGUAUACCGGGAUAUAUCAUUCCCCAGGAUCUCACGGCUCAAUUGUUCUUGCAACACAAUUCACCUGUCUCUUCCAUUAUAUCAACUCCUGCUGGAGCCUUCACAUUUACCGCUACAGCAACUAAUAAAUACAAUCUUACCCCUAGCUCCUCUGCAUUUGGGAGGGUGCGAGUAACAAUUACAUAUUCUGAUGGUCGUGUACAAACGGUGAACUAUGCCAUCACCCUCUCAGCACCUUCAGCCAUAUCUACGCUGGGCACAUUUCUAACAACAAAGCAAUGGCUUUCCGACACCAGUGAUCCCUUCGGUAGAGCACCAUCCGUCAUAUCGUACGACCGUUCAGUUGAUGCUCAAGUCCUUCAGGAUCCGAGGGUUUGGAUUGCUGGAUUGAGUGAUGAAGCAGGAGCCGGAUCUUGGCUCGCUGCAACAAUGAAACAAGCAAUUUCACCCAAUGCAGCUGAGGUGACUAAAUUGGAACAAUUCAUCACAAAAACACUAUGGGGUGUUCUACAGAACUCUGACUAUAGCGUUAAAAAAAGUGUCUUUUACUACCAACCUGGUGCCCUUUCCUACAAUUAUCUAUCCUCCAUCGAUUGGAGCAAUUGGUGGAGUUGGGACAAAGCGACUGCGUAUGGUACCGAGAGAACCUACGAUUAUGUUCAUGUCACUGCUGCUUAUUGGGCUCUUUAUCGCGUUGCUAGAUUUUAUCCAGCGCUUGUCACUGGGCAGACAUGGCAAUGGUACUUGAAUCAGGCUUAUGAAACUAUAAUCUAUGCCGCCGGUCCAAAUACGGAUUAUGUAGAUGUAGGAUUGAUGGGCGAGACGGUUUGGGGAUAUGUCUUGCAGGAUUUACAAAAUGAAGGAAAUACCACUGCAGCGAAUGCGGUCAUAGCUGCAAUGAAAUCUAGAGCAGAUUCGUGGGAUAGUGAGGCGGUUCCUUUCGGAAGUGAGAUGGCUUGGGAUUCGACAGGGCAGGAAGGAGUUUAUUAUUGGUCUAACUAUUUCGGCUUGACAACUACAGUCACAAAAACAAUCAAUACGAUCUUGGGAUACAUGCCCACGGUAAGCCAUUGGGCCUGGAAUGGCAAUGCGAGAAGAUAUUGGGAUUUCAUCUACGGAGGUAAAUUAAUGCAAUUCGAAAGAAUGGGUCAUCACUAUGGCUCCGGUCUUAAUGCCCUUCCCUUACUAUCAUACUUUGAGCAAAACCCCUCUCAGACAUAUCUUCUCCGCGUUGGAUACGGCGGAACAAACGGCCCAUUAUCUAAUAUCGACCGUGAGGGCUUCGCCUCAACUGCUUUCCACACCUGGCCCGAUACCAUGGCUUGGGAUGGAUACAGCGGGGACUACGGACCGAAUUUCGUAGGUUUGGCAUUGGGAUCUGGUGUCUAUGUCGUGGAUGAUGCGGCAUUGGGUCUUAUUGCUUUUGGCGGCAGCCUCUCUGGCUCAAACACUUCGUGGACUGUAGAACCGAGAGAUGCGGUACGGAGGAAAGUGUACAUCGCGCAGCUGGGAUUUAAAUUUGAGGUUGAUGCGGCGGCUAUUGAAAGUGUGGAGUAUGCGGAUGGAAAGGUGCGGAUUAGUAUUGUGCCGAGUGUGGAGACGGUGGAGGGGAUGGUGAGGGCGAGUGAGACAAUUUUGAGAAUUAAGAAGAUGGCACAGGUGGGGAAGGUGGAGAGCGCAGUUGUUGAUGGGUUGGAGGGAUUGAGGGGAGGGUGGAAGGUGGAACUCAGCGGUGGGAGAGCGAUCGUUUUGGUUAGUUUCGCGUAG